AAUUCACAUCUAUUUUACACCAAAAAGUAUUCAUAAUUAGCGCCAAAAUGUCGGCAAAAGUAUUCAAAAUCGUCGAAAGUCUUCGUGAGCGUUUUCUACACUUUUGGGACAUUUCCUCGCAAUUGGCCGAAGAGGUGAAGAGUGGAGUUGUCUUCGGAUUCACGUCUUUGGCCGACAAUAACGUGAGUUAUUGUAUGGGAUGUGUGGACAACGAGAAGGACAUCCCGUCCGGCACUACACUAAUGGGUGUCUAUUGUCUCACUCCCUCUCCAUCCGAAGAAGUGCUCAAAGAUUUGUGUCAGAAGUACAGCAAAAGCAAGAAAAGCGGAAAACUUGUUGUUUUGACCACAAUUUGCGACAAAAUGGAGCUGAAGACCCGAUUCUUUGACAUCAAAUCCAAAGAGUUGUGUGAAUGCAGUCAUGAAGUGGUGGAAGACAAGGAGGCCAUCGAUCAGACAAUUAUCACAUCGAUUGACACUUUUGUGGGCAAAUUGACGGAAGAGUUGAAUAAAGCGAAAGAAGACAUCAAUUCAUAUGACUUGGAGUUAAUUCAGUCGUGUUUUAAGACUAACAUCUCGGCGACGGAUAAGUCAUUCAAUUCAAUGACUUUAACAGAUCUGUACGGAUAUCUGGAAGAAGAUCCGGAUCUGUUUGAUGGCAUAGAAGUGCCGCAGAAUAUGAAGAAGAAAAUGAUCGAAAAGAUGAGGAAAAAGAAGGCCAACGACAAGAGUCCUCUCGAGUUCACGGCUUUUAAUGGCAGUAAAAGUACUAUAAGUGAUGACACGUCCGAAGACAUAGAAUUGUCUGAAGACCUAAAAGAAUUGACAUCAUAUGGCAAUCAAUGGACAGAAUGUGUCAAAUCAGACAAACGUCUGCCUUCUCUGCAAACGUAUAACUUUUGGCCCAAAAAUGUCUCGCAUUUCUUGACAUCAUAUGGCAAUCAAUGGACAGAAUGUGUCAAAUCAGACAAACGUCUGCCUUCUCUGCAAACGUAUAACUUUUGGCCCAAAAAUGUCUCGCAUUUCGUAUCAAUUGUUUAUCCGAAGAGUUUGAGUGACGAACAACUCGUGAGUCGUCGCAAAGAAUAUCAUUUAAGAUAUUUGAUUCGAAGUGAUCGACCAGUUUUCCGGAAAUCCAAUCGCUUUCUAUUAGACAAUGAAAAGCCGAAAACAGAUUAUUUAACUUCAGUUCACAUCGGACUCAAAGAGUCGGGUCUUAAAGGCGGCCAAACGUAUUGGGUUUACGGCGACUAUACAUACCAUCACUAUAUGCAGGACAGGAUCGACGACAACGGCUGGGGAUGUGCUUACAGAUCGCUGCAGACCAUAGUGUCGUGGUUUAGGCACCAGUCGUAUAUCGAUAAACCAGUUCCCAGUCAUACAGACAUCCAACAGGCGCUGGUAGACGUCGGCGAUAAGCAGCCCUCGUUUGUCGGCUCUCGACAGUGGAUCGGCUCUCAAGAAGUCAGUUAUGUUUUGAGCCAUUUGUAUGAAAUCACGUCAAAGAUUAUGUUCGUUAACUCCGGCGCCGAGUUGGCCAACAAAGGCCGCGAAUUGGCUCAUCAUUUCACCACAAAUGGGACACCUAUUAUGAUAGGGGGCGGUGUUUUGGCCCAUACUAUCAUUGGCAUCGACUUUAGCGAAGACACCGGAGAUAUCAAGUUCUUAAUACUGGAUCCGCACUACACGGGCGGCGAAGACUUGAAUAUCAUUCAAAAGAAAGGUUGGUGUGGAUGGAAGGCCUCCACCUUUUGGGACAAGAAUUCCUUCUAUAAUCUAUGUCUCCCACAAAGACCCGAAACUUAUUGACACA